UUUGCAAAUGGUACAUGAACCGAGUCAUUUUUCCCCUUAGUCUCCACUCAUAAACAACAGAAACCUGCACAAAUAGAGAAACCUGGAACUGGGGUAAAUACCUUUUGACAUCCCUGCAGUAUUGCACUGACAGUUGGUAAACACCCAGCAGAGUUUUGCCUAGUCUACCUGAGAAUGAGGUCUCUGCAGAACAAAAGUGGGUGUUUCUGACUUUGUGAGUGUUUUCAAACUGGUGGGUUUUUCUAAAUCAUAACCAUCACUAUGACAUGGGCCAAUCAGGUAGCAUGGUUGAAAACACCUCUCUGUCAAUGGAAUUUACCACCAUAGUUAGCUAACGAUGCUUUUGGGAAACACACCCCUGGUAAGUAACAUUACUUUCCUGCAUAGACCUAUUCUUGGUCUUCCUGGAAGCAUGUGGGUGUGUUUUUCCAGCCCUCUUUGAAGCUUUAAGAGAGUUUGGCAGACGGGUAUCUCUCAAGAUUGACAGGAGAAGAGCUGCUCUUCAGAAUUAGUUCUGCAGUCAACAGUUGUCCAAGUUCUGGCACGAUGAAGGGUAUUAUUCCCAAGAACAAAACCAAAGGUACUGAUUUCUGCGGUGUGAACGACUACUAUUAUAUAAUCCGCUCUGACCUUGGCUGCUAUAUGCAGUCAAGUAAUUUUAAUAAAGCUUUAGACAUCACUAUUUUAAGUCUGCACCCUGCCUGCCAAAAUGGAGACCAUUACCUUGGUAGUGGAGAUGGCUACUUUUACAUCAUCAAGGGCAAGUCAUACCGCAGAGCCACCAACCUGACGACAGACAGCGAUGGUGUGGUUUACAGCCUUCAUCCCAACUGCCAGGGUGGGGACCACUACCUCGGAGCCUUUGGCAAGUUCUACAUCAUCUUCCAAGGAAAGGGCACUUACCGAAGAACAACAAACAUGAAUAAAGACUCGGAUUCUGUAGAAUACCCAUUGCAUCCCAACUGCAGAGAUGGCCUGUAUUACUGGGGCCUGCCAAACCACUACUACUUCCUCAAGCCUGUCUCAGAGUGGGGUGUUGAGUACUACAAAGGGACCAACUUCAACAAAGACGAGUGCACUGCUGUCUAUUCUGUUCAUCCCGAUAUACUUAACUUCCUUCCUGGAGGGCUGUCAAUGACUAAAGGCCCAGCCUUUGGCAUUUGGGAGAACAUUAAAACCAUAACUAAUGACAGCAAUACACCAGUGACAUGGCAAAAGAAAGUCAUUAAAAGGGUUGGAUACAAUAAGGAGAAGAUGUCCCAGAUCACACACAACUGGAAGAUAGCCAUGUCAACCUCGGCUGAAUCUAAAGACCUCUUAGGGUUAAUUGCAAAGUACCAGUUCUCUUUUUCAACUGAAUAUGGAGGUUCACAUGUCAGCACUGACAACGAAAGCUGGAAUGAAGCAACUGAAGUGGAAGAAAAUCUCACAUUUGGGCUGAAACCAAAUGAGCGUUUAUAUCUGUGGCAGUACAAAAUGGGUCUUGGUCAAGAACCGGUGUUGUUCUGCCGUGAUAUAAAGAUCGACGAUGAGCCAAACCCUCCAACUGAUGUCCCGCUGCCACCUGCAAAAUAAUGAAAAAAUAUCAGGAUUGGUUAACUCCAUGGAUAAACCAGUUAAACUCAGUUAAAUACCUUAUUUCUAACUUUACAAGCAGUUAUUGGGAUAUCUGCAAGAAUUUCUGAAAAACUGUAAGGAGAGAGGAGGUUGGUACUGUAUAGCAUGUAACAUUUGGGCUUUGUUUUUAAUGUUAAUAAAAAGGUGGUUACUGCA